CAGCGAUUGGAGUUUAUUUUGAAUUUGGAACUAAAAUACCGGGUAAACAAGACCACGUGAUCGUGGCAUGUCUGUCGGCUUUGACAGGGAGGGGAUUCCAGCGAAAAUCGACUCUAUGAUCAAAACAAACAGGAUCCCGCAAUAAAAUUGUUCAGUUUCAGUUCAGUGAAACGAGUCUUCGGUCACGUCCACACGUUUUCUUAUUGGAUGAAGAUUUCCCAGAUUCUUCGAAAAAUCAUAAUUGAGGAGAAAGAAGGUCCCGGAGAACAGUGAAAUGUAAAUAGUCAAUUUGCUGACAUGUAUCUCAGAAGUUGAAGUGAUUGUGUCAUUACAAAAUUGCGAUGUCAGUGUAAUUCACAACUUGCGGUAACAUUCUGAAAGUGUUUUAAAUUCCCAGGGAUUAUGUCCCAGAGGGAUUCUGUCAUUCACCUAGUCGCUGGGGGCGUCGGAGGCACAGUCGGCGCCAUAGUGACAUGUCCCCUGGAAGUGGUCAAGACCCGGCAGCAAUCGUCGCAGAAUUGCUUCCGUUUCGUCGGAGAACUGCCGCCCAUCGCCCAGGACCCGGUGCCUGGCAACAAGACCACGUGCCGCACCUUGCCGCCCGCGACCGGUAACAACGGCCACCAGAGGCGUAGGUUCUGGACAACAGCCCCUCAAUGUCGUCCUCAAGUUGUGGCUCUUUCAGGUUAUGCGCCACCGCAGUCGACGCACGUGCCAUCUAUCGCGCAAUGCAUUAAACUCAUCGUCCAGCACGAGGGACCUAUGGCGCUCUUCAAAGGCCUUGGACCAAACUUGGUAGGAGUAGCCCCAUCUCGUGCCAUAUACUUUGCUACAUAUUCCCAGUCCAAGCAGCUCUGGAACAAGGUCCUUCCACCUGAUUCCCCAGUCGUACAUGUUUGUUCAGCUUCCUGCGCAGGUUUUAUGGCCAGCACCCUAACUAAUCCCAUUUGGUUCGUGAAGACUAGACUCCAGCUUGAUCUGAAUAAGCACAGCAAUAUAACUGCCUUUGAGUGCGUACGUCGAAUUUACGCAAAAUCGGGUAUUUUAGGAUUUUACAAAGGCAUCACCGCUUCCUACAUGGGAAUAUCAGAAACAGUAAUUCACUUUGUGAUAUAUGAAGCCAUCAAGGCGGAGCUGAUAAAACAUAGAACGACAGGCCUAGAUGAAAGGUGUUCCAAAGACUUCUUUGAAUUCAUGAUAGCCGGAGCAAUAUCAAAAACGGUAGCUUCCUGCAUAGCGUAUCCGCAUGAAGUGGCAAGGACAAGGCUGCGUGAAGAAGGUAACAAAUAUACUGGAUUCUGGCAAACGUUGGGGCUAGUCUUCAAAGAGGAAGGCAUAAGGGGUGUUUAUAGAGGACUCACAACGCAACUAGUCAGGCAGAUACCGAACACUGCCAUCAUGAUGGCUACAUAUGAGGCUGUUGUUUAUAUUUUAACUGCUAGAUUUGGCACAGAUUUUUACGAUAAAGAUGACGAUUGAGGUCUGUUGCAGAUGUAGUAGAACAGGCAUGCAACAAGUAGAUUUCCGCUGUGUAUUUGCGAACAGAAUUAUUUUCAAACAAAGAUCUAAGUCUUUUUAGGGAAUGCAUGUUGAAAUACACUGCUUUGGUGAUAUGUUAAUAUUCAGAUCUUUCAUUUCAAUUCAGAAAUGGAAGAUGUGUACUAUAGGUUUAUCAUUUUAACGAAUAUUUAAUACGAUCCUCGUUUCUGUUUUUCAAUUGAUGGAAAGUGAUAUAUAAUUUUUGCGGCUUUUGAUAGAUGCCACAAUAUGAGGAUAAGUGAUCAAAAUGCACAGUUCAACAGUUGGUGCAUACUAGGAAGUUCCUUAAAUAAUUCUUUCAUAAGUUUGGGAUUAGAAUAUCAUCUUAACUUUUGUUUGUUGUCGUACUAGAUUCAUAGUCAUCCGUUAAAAUAUUGAAGUUCCUGAUUUGGAUGCUGUUUGUAGUUCAUUCUGUUACAUUCCCCUCAUGUUUCACUCUUUUCCAACCAUACUAGAAAGUUGUUAGGCGUCGAGAUUAAGACAAAAAAAUAUGUUCAAAUUCGAAAGAAAUAUAGGUUAUGUGAUAAGUAUUUGUAUAUGUUGUAAUAUAAAAUUAUUUUUUAGCAUGUAUUGAAUGUUUUCACUGACAUUCUGUUAGUUAAGUGUCGAAUUUUUUUUGGGAUUAUCGUUUCCUCCUUAAAAAUUUACGAUAUGAUUUCCAUUCAAUUGAAAAUGAUACUCAGUAAGUUUGCUUGUAUCGAAGAAAUUCGUCGUUGAUUUUAUGUAAGCUCUAGAUGAUUGCUGUUUUUUUUUUGAAAUGUAUAUUUUUGUUCAAUAAAUAUGUGAUGAAUUGAAA